AUCUAACAAGAAAAUUGAAUAUUUGCAAUUAAAUUAUAAAACCACCAACAAAAUACAGUAAGUUUGAAGAUAUCUAGUUAAUGAUCGCAUAGAGACCUGUUCGACAAAGCAAAUGUAAUUAUAAAAUAGGUAAGACAACGUAGAAACUUUAAUUUGUCGUAGCGGAAGUGAGUAAUGUUCUCGAAUGUUCGGGUGUAGUCGACUAUAUUCGCCAUUCUUCGUGUUAUUUCACGGUCAAGUUUGCCAAGACUAUAAAACAUCUGGGUAAGAGAAAAGUCGUUAGUCUUGAAACGCAAUUGAACGUGUACUAUCGUUGGAAGUGUACAUUGUAACUUAACCAUUUGUUAUUGUGUUGCAAAUUCAAAAGUGAACAUUGACAAUGGCAAAGGAUUAUUAUAAAAUUCUUGGUAUUGCGAAAGGUGCAUCUGAUGAUGAAAUUAAAAAAGCGUAUCGUAAAAUGGCACUGAAAUAUCAUCCAGACAAAAACAAGUCUCCUGGUGCUGAAGAGAAAUUCAAAGAGAUCGCAGAAGCCUACGAUGUUCUCAGUGAUCCACAGAAGAAAGAAAUAUUUGAUAAGUAUGGUGAAGACGGACUGAAAGGAGGAAUGGGAGGCGGUUCGAACGGCGGUGGAGGCAGAAGUGGAAACUUCACAUACACUUUCCACGGCGAUCCUCAUGAAACAUUUAGAAUGUUUUUCGGCAACGAAAACCCAUUUGAAAGCUUCUUCAGUUCAGGAGGCCCAGGUAUGGGUAGUAUGGGCGGCAGGUCACCUUUCUUUCAGUUUCAAACAGGUGGCCGAAUGGACGAUGAUAUGGAUGUUGAUGACCCCUUUGCUCAAAUGGGUCAACAGAGAAGACGAAAACACCAAGAUCCUGCAGUUGUACGAGAGCUCCAAGUGUCUUUAGAAGAAGUGCUAUCAGGAACCACGAAAAAACUUAAAAUCACUCGCAAAGUUUUGAACCCUGAUGGCCGCACUACUAGAUCUGAAGACAAAAUUUUAACCAUAGACGUUAAACCUGGGUGGAAAGCUGGUACCAAAAUCACCUUCCCCAAAGAAGGUGAUCAGACACCACAUAAUGUGGCAGCAGAUGUUGUCUUCGUCAUCAAAGACAAACCACACCCAGUGUUUACCAGAGAUGGAAGUGACAUUCGCUAUAAGGCUCGUAUUUCUCUCAGAGACGCUCUGUGUGGUACAACAAUACAGGUACCAACAUUGGGUAGUGCUAGGAAAAUUCCUCUUGCACUGAAUGAAGUGAUAAAGCCCAACUCUGUCAAGAGAAUUCAGGGUGAAGGACUUCCGAUACCGAAGUCGCCAUCCCAACGAGGAGAUCUCAUAGUUGAAUUCAAUGUUGUCUUCCCUAACAGUAUACCACAAGCAACCAAGGAGAUCUUAAGAGACUGUAUGCCUCAAUCGUAGUGUUCAGAGAUAUUAGCUGAAUUCUGUAUGAUAUUGUACAUAUUUUCCUAAGAAUGUGAGUACAUUAUGUAACCAAAUACUUGUAUUUAUUUGCAAAACAUCUUAGGCGCUAUUUAUAUAAAUAAUCUGUAUCUCUAUUGAAUAGUUUAAAUCCAGAAUUCUUUAGUAAGUUUGAAAUGUUUAAUUAUUGUGCAACCUGAAAUUCAUACUUGUAGAUUUUAGUUGAAAAGUUUAAAAGUAAAGCACAAUUAAUUUAUCAUUUAGGCUUGUGAGACUUAGAUCAGAUACAGGUUUAACAUAACCUAAAUCUCUGAACAUAUUGUGUGUCCUAGUCUUAGUUGAAUUAUAGUAGCUCAUUUGUAAAUAGAAAUGAAUGGUUGAAUGUGGAUCCACUUGAGUGUAUGCAAUAUAUAUAUAAAAUUAAGCUCCAGAGUUUUUGCUUUGUUUUUUCUCUCCUUUCCUAUUAAAAUCUGUAUAAUUAGACUUUAACCACUGGUAAAGGUGAUAAGGAAUCGAGCAAAAACUGAUUGUCCUUUGUCUUUCAUUUUUUUUUCCAUGCCAUAAAAUAAUGAUAAACUUAUCAGUUAAACAUCAUUAACUAAAAAUUGUUGUAUAUAUAUAUAUUAAUUUACUUGUUACUAAAUAUUUCCCUUAAUUCAAAGUUAUAGAUUUAAUGGCACAAAAUGAAAUUUUUUUUUUUUUUGUGAGCCAAUACUACUAGUCUAGUUAAUAUCUCUAAAAUGUAUUAUUUCUUUUUUUUUUUUAGCUUUAAGGCAUGACUUUAAAAUGUUUGUUUGACAAUGAUCUUCACAAUUUUGUCAGUUUUAAGUCAUUUUAAAUUUAGACUAUUUUUUAAAAUUGAAAUCAAGUUUGUUUAUAGAUCUUUCUUCCAGUGUUCUUAAAACAUUGAUGAAUAAAAUUAUAGCAUUUUA